AUGGGCACCCUAUCUCUUCAGGGCCUUGAGUCCCUUCUCCAGUCGCUGGGGGCCGCGGUUCCAGUACCGCAGUUCCCGCGCACUAAUGUUCUUGCCAAUCCAACUGAUAUUUACCGUUCCUAUGUGGUUGAUGCCAUUCAAAAGCUCACAGGAUGUGAUGAGGGAGUUGCAUACGAUGCGGUGCAAUGGGCGAGCGCAGCGACGAAUGCUGACCUUAUGCUUGUAACUGCCCGUCUGAAGUUGAAAGGAGUCGAUCUAAAACAAUUGGCACAGGAUCUGGUGUCUAAGUUCCCACCCAUGCCGCUUCUCAGACAGCCUGUCGCCAAUGGGAUAUUCAUACCAAUUUCUUUCUCUCCAGACACUUUGCCUAGCUUGAUCCUACCCUUUAUAUUUGAUCGUCGAGCUUCAUAUGGAUCGAAUCGCCUUCUCGGCCUAAAGGACUCGAAAGACGAAGGCGCUGUUAAAUUGAACUACUUGGGGGACUGGGGUAAACAAUUUGGCCUCCUCGCAGUUGGCUGGGAGAGGUUUGGGUCGGAGGAACUCUUCGCAAAGGAGCCCUUAAAACAUCUCCUCGACGUAUACGCAAAGAUCAACGCUUUGUUUGCGCCGGAAAAAGAGGCUAGCGAGAAGGCUCGAGACAAUGGCGAGGAUACUUCUGAAAUUGAAAGUAAGGGGCUAUUCGCUGAGAGAAAUGCCUUCUUUCAAAAAAUGGAAGACGGCGACCCGGACGCAAUUUCAUUAUGGAAACGGUUCCGAGAAGUCAGCAUCGAGCGCUAUAUCUCGACAUAUGCCCGCCUGAACAUUAAAUUCGACGUGUAUUCUGGCGAAUCCACCGUAAAGCCACAAACAGUUCAGAAAGCGGAGUCUCUUCUUAAGCAGCAGGGAAUUUAUACAGAGGAUAACGGCUCUUGGAUAAUCGAUUUCAAAAAGCACGGCGCCCCUAACUUAGGUGUUGCGGUUGUGAGAACGCGAACCGGGACGACGACAUAUUUACUACGCGACAUUGCCGCUGUCUUAGAGAGGGUGGAGAAGUAUAAAUUUGACAAAAUGAUCUACGUCGUAUCCACCGAGCAGGAUCUAUACUUCCAACGUCUUUUCAAAACAAUUGAACUCAUGGGACAUCCAGAAGUGUCUUCCAAACUCGAACACAUUAACUUUGGAAAGGUCCAAGGGAUGUCAUCCCGACUAGGGACUGUGAAACUAUUGGGCGAUAUACUUGAUGAAUGCGGCAGCGCGAUGCACGAUGUUAUGCGAAAGAACCCUUCUAAAUACGACCAGGUCGAAAAUCCCACCUGGGUUGCAGAUGUCUUGGGAAUCACGGCGGUUAUGGUUCAGGAUAUGGCUGGGAAAAGAAUCCAUAACUAUCCAUUUGACAUUGCCAAGAUGACAUCCUUUGAAGGUGAUACCGGUCCGUAUCUCCAAUACGCCCACGCAAGACUCUGCUCUAUCGUGCGUAAGGUCAAUAUUGAUCUUAAGGACAUCACUGCCGCAGACUUCUCUUUAUUGAAGGAGACACAUGCUAUCAGUAUACUUCGACUUAUGACUCAAUAUCCUGAAGUCACAAACAACGCCUUGAAAACGUUAGAGCCUACAACCAUUCUCACAUACCUCUUCCGCCUUGCACAUCAAGUUUCCUCCGGAUACGAUGUAAUCAAAGUUAUCGGUGCCGAAAGCCACGAAGUCACUGUUGCACGGCUGGCCCUAUAUGAAGGAGCUCGCCAGGUUUUAGAGAAUGGGAUGCGACUUCUAGGAUUUACCCCUGUUGAAAGAAUGUAA